AUGCUGGACCAACCAUAUAGUUCCCAUUACAUUGCAUUCGUAAUUGCUCUGCCUGUUGCUAUAUUCAUACAGAAUGCUUUCCUGUCGGUAUUCCACCUGACCAAGCAUCACAGCUAUGUGAGCACGAUAUUGAAAACACUUUUCAAUCUUAGCGGUGCUGCAAGGCUUUUAGUUUCAUUUGCUGUUAUUAUGGUAUCCAUAAUAACAGCAAAGCAAUGUGACAAUAUGACGUUUGUGCAUGAAGUUCUUUCGUUUAUCUACAGAGAAUCUCUUGUUGCCUUUUUAUUAUGGCGAUUGAUUCACAUUACGAAUUCUGUUUGGGACAAGCAUGUUGCUUUAAUUUUAAUAUUGACGAGAACUGGGCUACAGCUAUAUCAAAUUAUAGCAGAUCGACUCGUGACUCACUCGACUACCACCGACUCUUGUAACGUUCUCGUCCAUGAUAAAUUGGCAACAAUCAUGUUCGUUGUAACCGACUAUUUAAUAGACUUGUACAUUACAGUACGUCUGGCGCAGAUACUUGGAAGCGCCAAUCGUAAAUAUUCGCGCUCUGUAUCGGUUCCAAGAGAUUCUAAACGAACUAUAUUUACUGCUGUUCUCUGGUGGAAUUUGUUAAGAGUUUUCGUUGCGACAUUGGUAGAUUCUCUUGCAUUGUAUACCGUAACAGCAACAAAUAUUGAUCAAGUUCUUUUUAAUACUCUACAAGCAAUCGUUUGCAUUGCCAUGUCAUACGUAUUAACGUUUGAUGCCGAUAUAGUGAGGAAAAUUCAGGGAAAGACAACAGUGUAUAAUGGCGAUCAUGAAACGGGAAGUAGAGUUGGACAUACAAGUGUUUCAGAGGUAACGGUGACAAACGAAACACAGCCUGAGAUCUUGCAGAGCAGAAUCAAGGAUGAUGAUUUGGAGAGGAAUGGAAACAGAACCAAUGUGGGCUCUGGCGCAUGGUUACCACCAAACAUGGGAUCCUGA